GUUAGGACAAAGUUCCCCCCAAAAAAAAUCUUUUCAAAAAAACUUUCUGUGAGAGGAGAGGGCCAGGCCGGCAGCCAGAGUGAGCUCGGUUUGUUAGAAGAAGAGCAUCUCUGAAGUUCUCCUCCUCAUUUUAAAGGAUUUACAUUUAUUCUGUAACCACGGCUUCGAAGGUGGACACCCUGUUCUCCUCUCUGUCUCUACAUUUCUUCAAGAAAGAGAUGGAAGAGGGCUCCAGCUCCCCGGUCUCCCCUGUGGAUAGUCUGGUGACGAGCGAGGAGGAGCCGGAGCGGCAGCAGAAGCGCUUCUCCAGGAAGAGGAGGCACAGCAAGAAGUCCGGAGAGGACAGCAGCGGCAGCGGCAGCGGGAGCAGCCCUGGUCCCGGUCCGGUGAAGCGGGGCAAGAAGCCCAGCCCGAACAGCAGCCAGUCGUACGAGGAGCUGCAGAACCAGCGGGUCCUGGCCAACGUCCGGGAGCGCCAGCGGACUCAGUCUCUGAAUGAGGCCUUCGCGUCUCUGCGCAAAAUCAUCCCCACGCUGCCGUCGGACAAGCUCAGCAAGAUCCAGACGCUGAAGCUGGCCUCCAGAUACAUAGACUUCCUGUACCAGGUGCUGCAGAGCGACGAGAUGGACAGCAAGAUGUCCAGCUGCAGCUACGUCGCGCACGAAAGACUCAGUUACGCCUUCUCCGUGUGGAGGAUGGAGGGCGCCUGGUCUAUGUCAGCAUCCCACUAGCAGUCAGAGACCAACACUCACAAUGCCAAAGCGACUGUUUGCUUCCAAAUGUAAAAGAGAUUAUUGAAGAACUGAUCAACCUCAGAGGUCAAGGAUGGAGCAGAGGCCUACAGACGCACGGAGAGUGUGUGUGAGUGAGUGUGUGUGGACGCAGAUUCAUCACACCGCGGAGGACAGAAUUGUGCAAAGUGCGCAGCAGGCCACAGAUCUAUGCUGUGCGCAUUUACGGCCUGUACUCUCACCAAAGCCAUUCCUUUCCUAAACAUGGAGAUUUAUUUUGUUUUUCAAAGACUUUAAGCCAGAUUAUGAAUUUAUAUAUAAAUAUAUGAAAGCAUAUUGUACAUAAUUGUGUAACUAUAUCCUGUAAAGGGACCAAUGCAAUUCGGAGUGUUUUCGCUGCAUGGGGUUUAUUCCAACGAUCUUUCUGUUCGGUCCAGUUCCCACUGUUGUUUUUGCUUAUUUAUUAAACGGGUAUUUUUUUUAAGCAAAAUGUGCUUUUUCUGUGUUUUUUAUUUUAAAUAUAUUUAGGUAAUCAUAAAAAAGUGUGGUCUAAUAAGUUUAAAUAAGACCCAGCUCUCGUUAAAGGGAUAUUUUUCUCCUCUGUGUUGGGUGUGAGAAGUUGACCUUUCCCCUCCCCUCUGCGCUUGUUAUGAAAAGAAACCCCCGUUAAAAAAAAGAAAAGUAGAGCCCAUAAAGAUCCAGCUUCAUUAAGAGCGCAGGGAAUAAAGCUGAGCCACAUAAAUUGUUUGUGCGCUUUUAGAAGCAGCCAAUCCGUGUUUAAACUGCGAUUCCUUCGACCGCAGAUAAGGACAAUAACUCCGCCUGAGGCUUAAAAAAAAAUAAAAAUAAAUCAAAGACCACUAAACUACGACUGAAUAAAUUAUUUUGUAUUUCAAACCUUCGACUGUUUACAUCCAGUUUUCCCAGAUGCGGUUCUAGAUGCAAUCUCCGCGUAAAACAGGAGCCCAUUGUAAACGACGGGCUGCUGCUUUCAGGGACUGUUGGAGAAAACCGGUGCUCUGUGGGACCGAUGCUUAAAUAAAACCUCACACUGACCCCCUAAUAUUAGCUCAUUUAGGCCUGAGAUAGAAUAAUAAUGUUGUGUUAAAAUUCUUUAUUAUCCAGCUGGGACCGAAAAGUGUGUUACCUCUCGGGGUGGAAACACCUGUAACCACCGAGACUUUUUCACACUUGCUGCUUUUGUGAGAAUGCAGAUGUUUGAACAUGUAAACAAUUUAAACAAACCAAGAGCUGCACAUUAAACUGAUUUAUGGAAUUUUAUAAAACAAAGCACAGAGAUUGGCUUGCUGUGGGCCUCUUGUUUGACAGCAAUACCCCCAACGUCUGCUGUAAAAUAUAUAAAUAUAUUCUGCUGCGUAAACAUGCUUAUGGGUGCUUUGAAUGCAUUUGUCUGCAGCUCUACAGCAUGAAUAAACACGCUGGGAUGCUAAAUGUUUGUUGUACAACUUGAACACAUUAAUGCUCUCUAGGAAGAUCAAUAACGUUUGAGGUGAAGUAUUUAUAUCAGCUGUUGGUUAAAAAGGCAACAGUUAGAAUCAAAAUCUUUCUCAGUCCUUCAGCUUUCAGAUGUUUAAAUAUUUCUGUUCAGAGACGUUCACAAUCAGGCCCAGCUCACAUACAGUUCUCCAGUACAGUUAAAAUUCAGUUGAGAUCAGUUCCGAUUAUUUUAAUACAUCUCAUUCAGAUCCAAUAAUAUACAGUGAAACUGAAUCAUAAUUUUUAUACAAUGCAAUCAAUAUCAGGUAAUCUAUCUAGGGAAUAUAUGAAAAGAAUAUUCCUUUACGUAUCCCACGGUAGUAAAAUCACAACUCUUAAAAAAAACACACUUUAUUGGUUAAAAAUGUCCAAGUAUGUAAAGACUGCUUAUAGAUAUGUAGGGAUGUAAAAUAUGGAAUAUGGUCCAGUGACUAAGGAAAGGUAACGGGAAGUAAAAUGAAGACAAUAUAAUAGUUGUUGCACAUAAGCUGUACAUUGCACAGAGUAGGGAGAUGCUGUUCAAAUUUACUAUGCUUUGCAAUGGUCUGUUGGGAUCAUUUUCUGCUGCACAGUCUUACAGCUGCUGGAGAAAAGGAAAGAUUCCUGUUGCUGCUCCAACACUCCUGCAUUUCCUCUACAUCCAUGCUUUAUUGUUCUGUGACUUUCCCCCUCUGUCUGAAAUGGAAAUGAAAACAGAUUUAUUGUAAGAUGUUUUGUUUUUAUUUGCAAUCUAGAUUGUGAUGGUCCCUUUCUUGGUUCUUGGACUAUUAUUUUGACCGUUUGUUCUCUAAACUUAUACUAUGCACUGAUUUAUCAAUGAUAUAUUUUAGUUUGAAGCAUCUACAUUUUCCAACUAUUCUAAUAUAAUGUCUUACAGGUAUGAUGUAGCAUUUGCUGGAUGGAGACGGGUUAAGUGUUGUAGAUAUGACUGAAUGUACUCUGCUUGCGAUGGAAGUAUAAAAAAAUGGGAUUUCCUCAGAAAUAGGAAGCAAUUAUUCCUACAGUGCUUUAUUUCUGUAUUUCCUACCAGAGUUUAUGUUGUAAGAAGAAGAAAAAACAUCAAUGAAUUCAUUCACAAUCACCUAUAAAAGAUGAACAGAUGCAAUAGUCCGCAGUCACUUUCAGCUUGGUGGUCUCUGAUGCUGCCAAACAGCCCUUCCUACCAAGGCCAGCUUUAUCCGUAGGAGCCCGUUUGAUACCAGCUCAUUAUCUCGGGCCCUAGCAGCUGAGCGGCUCAAAAUCACCCUGGGGCCAGCGCUCCAGUGGUGCGGGCGAUCCAGAUGUUUCCCGUAAAAUCAGACGGAAAAAGCUACAAAACUUUAAUUUGCUGUAAAAAAGGGGGAAUAAAGUAAAGGUUUAUGCUCUGUG